UAUAAUAACCUUUUAACAGAUAUCUCUUACCAGAUUAUAUGUAAUGUACAACCACCAUAUUGUGUACAUCUAUGCAGGGGCGGACUAUCAACUCAUGAGGCCCCCGGGCAAUAGGGGAUCAUGGGGCCCCUGUGUCCUUGCCCAAACUCAAAAAAGCCUAUGAAAAAGGUACCAGGGGCAUCUCAUGGGGUCCUCUACUGACCCUGGGCCCUCGGGCAGUGCCCGAGUUUCCAAAUGGUCAGUCCGUCCCUGCAUCUAUGU